UACUGUUUUCUCGUGUGAAAGCUCCCCAUGCAGUCUUCUUGUCUUUAUUCUUAUUAUAAAGUGACAUUUUGCAAGUUUAAAGUCAAAUCACAUUACACGGUGUUUUAUCUUAUCAGGUGCUGCUGUUCAUUAACCCACUUUGGUUCUGCUCCAAAGUCCACAAGCAUUAUUUAGGAGAGCUUCUGCUGAGCAUGUUUUGAGAGACAAGGUGCUGUGCAGGCUUGGAGGAGGAGAAAAAGAAAGGAGGAGGAGGAGUGUGUAAUUACGUGGGUACAAAAAAAAGUUGUGUGUGAUUUGCUGGAUGCAGGAGCAGAAGGUGCGCCACAUAUGAAGCUGAGCAGAGAACAUCACACACUCCGUACAGCACCGCCAUGCGUGCAUGAUCCAACGCAACCAGCUCACUUUUACUACCAAUAACAUCAUUUUUUACUGACUUUCUUGCGCAGGAGACAAUCUUUUGGACUUUUGGAGUUAAAAAAAAAGUUAAUGGAUGUUCUGGGAUAAUUUCUUUUCAUUUGGCGGAGCUCGCCCUGCAGGAAUGGCGCGAUAGUGGAGAAGUCAGCACCGGAACCAGAACCUCUUUUUCACUUUUCUAUGCAGAACUAUCGUCAUGUAUUCUCCAAUUUGUCUCACUCAGGAUGAGUUCCAUCCCUUCAUCGAGGCCCUCCUCCCUCACGUCCGUGCCAUUGCCUAUACGUGGUUCAACCUGCAGGCCCGGAAGCGCAAGUACUUCAAGAAGCACGAGAAGCGGAUGUCCAAGGACGAGGAGCGCGCCGUCAAGGACGAGCUCCUGAGCGAGAAGGCUGAGGUCAAGCAGAAGUGGGCCUCCCGACUGCUGGCCAAGCUGCGCAAGGACAUCAGGCAAGAGUACCGUGAGGACUUUGUCCUCAGCGUAACGGGCAAGAAGCACCCGUGCUGCGUGCUCUCCAACCCGGACCAGAAGGGCAAGAUCCGCCGCAUCGACUGCCUGCGACAGGCGGACAAGGUGUGGCGUCUGGACCUGGUCAUGGUCAUCCUCUUCAAGGGCAUCCCUCUGGAAAGUACCGAUGGCGAGCGCCUGGUCAAGUCUCCGCAUUGCACCAACCCUGCACUUUGUGUCCAGCCGCAUCACAUCACCGUGUCCGUCAAGGAGCUGGACUUGUUCCUCGCCUACUAUGUCCAGGACCAAGACUCACAGCAGUCAGGAAGUCCCAGUAACAAUGAGCAAGGCAAGAACCCUCUUCCAGUCUAUUUGGAGGACAGCUUCAUCAAGUCGGGAGUCUUCAGUGUUGCAGAGCUGGUGCGAGUGUCCAGAAUGCCCAUUACGCACGGUGCAGCGGUGAACUUCUCCAUGGCGGACAUGCCCGGACAACCCUACUAUCACGACCUGAACUCCAGUGUGGGGAUGCACCGCUCCCUGUCCUCCCCACCUGGAAGCAAAAGACCCAAAACAGUUAAUAUGGAGGAGAAUAUGGACACCAGCCCUACUGGACCCGACUUCUACUCAUCACCCAGCUCGCCAGCCAGCAGUCGGGCAAACUGGCACGACCGAGACGGAGCAGACAUGUCCUCUCCUACCAUGAAGAAGCCAGAGAAGCCGCUGUUCAGCCCCACCUCCCCGCAGGACUCCUCACCCCGACUCAGCACUUUUCCCCAGCCUCAUCACCCGGGCCUGACAGGCGUAGGACACAGUGUUAUAUCAACAAGGAGCCCCCCGCCACACUCGCCGUUGCAGUUCUCGGCUUCAGCCAUCCUGCCCCCGGCGCCCUCGUCCUACUUCUCACACACCACCAUCCGCUACCCGCCUCACCUCAACCCGGCCGACCCCCUCAAGAGCUACGUGCCGUCGUACGACCCGUCCAGCCCGCAGAGCAGCCAGCCCAACAGCAGCGGUCAGGUAGUUGGAAAAGUCCCGGGCCACUUCACGCCAGUGCUGGCUCCCUCCCCGCACCACGGCACCGUGCGACCCGUCUCACUCUCCAUGCCCGACACCAAGCCCAUCACCACGUCUACGGAAGGCUACUCCGCUCCCGGCACCCCGACAGCCAACCGCUUCGUCGGCCUGAGCCCCAGAGACCCCGCCUUCCUCCACCAGCAACAGCUGAGGAAGUGUGACUGGAGCGUGACUCAAAACGGCAGGCAUUAUGGCCCCAGUGCCGCUGACGACACUUUGGGGAUUGCUUGGCAAAGUCCUGGUACCUGGGCGAGCUUAGUUCCAUUCCAAGUGUCGAACGGGACUCCGAUCCUGCCAACAAAUGUCCACCAGAACUACAGCAUAAGCAUCAUUGGUGAACCGUUGGUCCCCGCCGAGAGCGGGAACUGAUCCCGGAGAGGGGUGCUUGAGUGCUUAGGGGGCAGGGCGGGGGGUGCCACCGAUGGAUGAAACCAGCAAAUGUCUCAUAAUCUUACAUCCAAACCGCCAUGAUGGAUGCUGGAGGAAAGAUUCAGGUGUGGCCCCUUCUCCCACCAACACACACACACCUACACACACACACACACACACACACACACACACACACACACACACCAGCCAGUGGUUGUUUGCAGAACUUUCCAAUGCAUUCAAAUACUGUGAUGUAUAGAUGCCUUAAUGUUCUACUGCAUGACACUCAAAGCAGCCGCUCCUGCUUCUCAUAGAUAUAGAAACAUGGGGGGGGUCAACAAAGUCACUGUGUACACCGUCGGAAAAAAAAUAUUGUGAAUUCUUUGACUAAACGUGUUUGUUUAUUCUUUUUUUUCCUGCUACUUCAAGAAAAAAAAAAUAACUGAGCGAUUGGAGCCCUCGCUAAAAAUUGGGAGGCCUUUAGGAAAGGCUUCCUGUUUUGUUAAAGAAGAGCAAUUUCUGAUGGAGGCAAGUGCAAUUGAAUAUUUGAAGGGAAGCGAGCAGUCUGUCAGCCCUCAGACUCUAAAAGAAAGGGGGAUAAACGUAUUUUGAGAAUUUGAAUUCAGUCACAUCCCAGCAGCAACACCAGCACUUGUUGUCGUUCUUUUUGAGCCCUUCCCGUUUGUACAGGGACGUAUUUGUUGCUUAUUUAUUUCUUGGAAAAGGGGGGUUAAAAAAAAAUAAUUCAAUAAAUAAGUAACCCCCAGGAAAGAAAUGAACACGUACGUGUGUAAAAACAAACAAAUAAUGGCAUUUCACUUUUAAAUGAUAAGAACAUUUGGCCAUGAUUGGCUUGUAAAGCUUAUGUUUACAGCAACUUCGAAAAAGUGUUAAUAGUUGUGAAAAAAAAAAGGAAUAGUGCGCUGGCAGCCAUCGCCUCUGCAGUCUCUCCAGUUAAUUUGCACGAUGACACACUUGUCCACAUGAUGACGUGCCUUUUUUACACGCACACGCACACGCACGCACUACACGUGUUUUUGCUGCAUUUUGGGUGCGUUCACGCUUGUUUGGUUCAGUUGAAAGGAACUCUGGCGCGAUUGCUCUGCUAGUCGGGUUUGGGUCUCGGCCCGCUUGCAGGAGAACUCUGGUGCAGGUCGGUUCACUUGAGCUCAAAUGUGAAUUCCACACGGACCGGUGUUAAAAUGACAGCAAACAUGGAAGAGAAAAUGUGGCGUCGUGCUCCGCCAUCCAUCCAUCUUCUAUACCGCGUGUCCCCACUAGGGUUUCGGGGGUAUGCUGGAGCCUAUCCCAGCUGAUUUCAGGCGAGAGGCCUGGUACAGCCUGGACUGGUCGCCAGCCAAUCGCAGGGCCGUCUUGCUCUUUAAGAGUAUAUUUUAGAAGCUUUUGGUGAAAUCUGAGCAGGUAAAUAUCGCAGGACCUCAAAAUAAGCUACGUGUUCGACCCGGCAGAUGGCAUUUUGGUUUGGAAUACCUGAGCUGCAAAAGCUAAAAUCAAGUCUUUCCUUUAUGUUCUUUACUGUGCGGCCUUUGGUCCCAUGACAGAAAUGCCAGUGUGCACGCGACGACAACCACACCAGAGUAUCUUUCAGAACUGUUUUACCGCAAGUUUGAACGCAGCCUAAAUCACCGUCGACACACACACACACACACACACACACAGAGAUAACAUUUUUAACGUUUUGUACUGGGAAUGUCCAUUUUUAACUUCAUCAUGUCACAUGGCUGUGUAUAGUCUACUUUGUAAUCAAACAGUGUUUUCUUUCCUUUUUUAUUCGUUCCCUCCACAGUAUUUUUGCUGUUCUUUUUCCCCCCUAAUAAGCUGUCAUCUUUUAUUUGUUUGGUCCCCUUUUUUCCCCCUCAUUGUCCUCCCGUGGGGGCAAUUCAGAAUGAUGACAAUUAUGCAAUACCAAGUUUUGCCUAUGUAGGUAGUGCUUAUAGAUGUCAAAUAUUAGAGGCUAGUUUGGAGAUAGACACUAUUGUAAUGCAUUUAUUUUUUUUCUUCAUAUUGUUGCUUCUUCUUGUUGUUGUUGCUGUUGUUGUUGUUGUUGUUAUGGUGGUGGCAGUGGGGGUAUCUUUCCAUUGAUUUUCUUACUUUAUUGACCAAAGUGGGGGGCUGCAGUCUAUGCAGUGGAGGACAAGGUCUUUUCUUAGCUUAGCUUACAAAUUUGGGGGUGGGAAGGCAGGAGGUAUCCUUGGUGGUUACAUGGCUGCAAAGUCACGCAUCACACCGCUUUUCCAUCUAAAAGAACCUGGCGCUAAUGCCAGUGCUGAGCUCAUCUCAUUCAAGAGUAGCUUAAAGAUCCCCUAUUAUGCAAAAGUGACUUUUUAAUGAAGUUCUAACAGUAAUAUGUGUGCCUGGAAUCUAUCACCUUCCCCGCUUCUGGAUACGCCCGUUAUUUUGUAAAAAAAAAAAAACAGGCAAAGCAGGCUUCACGACACGUCUUAAAAUCAAGCACUGGCGAACUCUCCGUCAGUUUGCCAGAGACGUGGGAUCUGUAAGUUUCAUCAGUUUGAUUGUGAACAGUGAAUAGGCUAAGCUAGCAUGAUGUUGCUGUGCAAAUGUCAUGUUGUUGCGUGUGCUAUGCGGCGUGGCAAGUGUAUAAAGUGGAGACGCACACAAGCACAGCUCAUUAGCAUUAAAGCUACAGACACACAAAACAGCAUACUGACUGAAUGCUAGAUUUUGGACCACACACUUCCAAUACACUAUUGUGGCACGUCUGACACUUAUUUAUUACAAAUACGAAUCAAUAAUAAAUACAUUACUACUAAUAAUAUGAUAAUAUGGGACCUUUAAGACUUUUGGCAGUCCUGAGAUGGUUGGCAGGUGAAGAACUGGCGCACUGGAACCAGGAAAAGAGGUAUAAAAUGCGUAACUGGUCCACUUGGGGUGCUAGAAAAGGAAUUACACUUGCUUUUUAUUCUUUGGCGGAGAGACGGCUUGACUUGAGCGCGACAAUCAUCGCAUUGGAAAACCCUUUUCAGCCGUCAUUGGAUGCAAUUCCCGAGUAGAUGCCUUAAAUGCCUGUCACCUGCGCAACAAUCACACAAAUCAGCCUUUAGAGAGUCUUUUAUAAGCGUAUUAAUGUACUGUAUACACGUGUGUCAAUCCUCCCCCCGCAUAUCGAAGUCAAUCGCUAAAUUCUUGCCCCUUUUGGAAGGAUAGAAAAGAUAGCACUUAUUGAAUCGCACUCCGUCUCCGUGUUGUCAAUCUCAGGCGUACCACAGGGCAUUAUGUAUGUCAAUCAGUAGUGUUCCUUGCAGCGACACCUUUUGCACUACAAUCGCGCCUGCAGCGUAAAAAAAAAAUAAAAAAAUCCUCAAGUCAAGCUCCAUCUCUCCGCCUUCUCACUAAUUUUCUUUUCUUUUUUUAAACGAAAAAUCACUCCUUUCUAUGUGCACUCUUCUGUCCUUUUUUUUUUAGUUUAGAAAGAAAAGUGCUUUGCAGCCUGUGACCAUCCCAGACCCCACUCAAGUGCAUUGUCCCCAACUGUGUGUGUGUGUGUGUGUAAAAGUGCAUAGCGGUAGCGUGUGUGUGCGUGUAUGAAGAUGAGGGUCUUUCUAUUCUUUUUUUUAAUUAUUUUUAAACCUGCCGCCAGACAGGAGUUUGUACACUGUAAACCUUCUCCAGCCCUUAUUUGUUGAUUCUGGGGAAAAAGUAGACGUGACAGUUCCAUUUUAGGAAAUAAAACGUGUUUGUUGAGUCUGGUUUUGAGUUAGAACUCCCCAGAUUCCCCUGAUGAAUCCUAUCUAAAGUAUUGUUGUGUUCCUGUAAAAAACAAAAAACAAACAAAAAAAAAAAAAGCAAGAUGGAGGGGGCUAUUCUAGAUAUAAAAACAACAACAAUGAAGGCUUUUACUUUUUUUUUUAAUGAAUAUUAUUUUUCUGAACUUGCUUAGUGCUUGUCGGUAUUUCCAUUUGGGAAGCGCUUCAUAAUGCUAAUAAUAAUAAAUAUUUGAAUUGUUAUAUUUCAUUCGUGUGGCCAUAGCGAGUGUGAUGUGAUGAUAUUAUAUGUUUUUUGUUUUUUUGUUUUUUAAAUGUGGUGUGAUUUCUUGUCCAACAAGAUGUGAGUGUGUUCUUGUAGCAGGUGGGAGAUGAAAAAAAAAAAAAAGAAAGGCCCCAUGUUGCACCUGACCUUAUGUGAGAAAGCAGGGUAAAUAAAAUAAUGGACAAAAAUGUCCCCGAAGAUUGUUGGGUUAUUUUGUAGAUUUGGUGCCACGCCCUGAUUGGCUGAGCUCAUCGUGCACUGAUGCAGCGUGAGCACUACAAGCUAAAAGUGUUGGUGCUACUGCUUUCUCAUCAAAAUUUGCCCCCCAAGUGUGUCCUUUUAUUUAAACAGGGGUGUCCAAAGCCUGCCUUUAGGAUUAUUUUUAUUGGUUUACUUUUUUGAAGAACAUUUCAAAUGUUAUUCAGGAAUGAUUCAUCAGAAACUGCAAUUGAAACAACUUUUUCUUGUCUACAAUUCUAAUUGCCUGUGAAAAAAUAUCUUAAUUUGGAAUUCAUUCUUAAUUAUUUUAAAAUUGAAGAUUGAAAAAACAUUGUCUGCUAUUGUUUCUGACUCACCUGUCAAAAAAAGCAAAACGGUAUCAACCUAUUUAGUAAUAAUAACAUUUGAAUAAUAUCUGUACUGCCACUACUACUGCUAAUAAUGAUGCUAAUGAUAAUACUACACUGUAUUUGGAUAAUCGGGAGUAAUUUAUGAAUUACAUUUCAUUCUAGCUUAAACAACUUUUUUAUUUUUUAAAUGACGCAAUCCAACCUCUGCACUUAUUUUGCAGAGGUUCAUUGGUCCACUAAUUAUUACAGAGACAAUAAAAUAUAAUUGUAGAUUAGGACAUCGUGUUUGCCUCUGAAAAUGUAACAAAUAACUCAAGAAAAUGGGAAACUCCUAAAUGAAAAAGAUUGAGAAUUUAAGAGAUUAAAGUGAUCAUGUUUGAAAGUUAAAUAAGUGAGACACUUGCAGAGUAAAUAAGUAAUGAUUUUAGUUUAGUGUUUUGUUUUUUUUUGCAGCUAUAAUAAACUGACAUUAGCUGUCUUUGCGUACAUUAGAUUGGUUUUAAAAUACACAAAAGUAAUAUGAAAUGUUAAAAAAAAGUUUGGACACCCCUGGGCUUAAAGCACGGAGGCUCAUGAUGCACUUUGUUCAUUGGCACUAGAACGCAAGUGCUUGACACUCAAGGUACUGUACCUUCUUUACCUUCUUCCUUCCAUUGUUGGCCCGGGUUUGAAUGUAGCCUGUCUUGGAGAACCUCCAUUGAAUCAGUGUUCCACCCACGCGUAGCUUCCAGGCGCGCUCUCUGUGCGCCCUUACUUGACAAAGUAUUAUUGCAUUGAUCGCUGCCAUCAGCUUCACUUUUUUUAUGCAAAGCCUGACCUGCGGCGCUCAUGCAACACCUGCAGGCUUUUCAUCCCGCACUCACGCUCUCUCUCAACAUGAAAAACCAGCAUUUGUACAGUUGAUCGUCAAGCAAUGCAGUGCCUGUUGUACAUACAUAUUUACAUGCAUAAUAUGUCAAAUGUGACUUACUUUUCAUGUCUACACGCAUGUCAGCACUCAUCAGCUUUGUUUUUUUGGUUUUUUUUGUUAGCUGUAAAUGUUCUUUUUUUUUGCAAGGGAGACAACGCUAUAUUUUGUGCAGUCUUUUCUUUUGUUUAUUAUUUUCAUUUCUUUAAAUUCUCUGCAGGGCUGAUUUCUUUGUGGGUCUUGUGGCACUUUUAUUUCCCUGUGAGUGUUAAAUGACAAACAACAACAACAGCAACAAAAAAAACAACACAAAAAAGCAGUAGUGAUCGUGCAAAAAAGGUCUUUGUAUGUAUCUGAAUGUACGUUUUUAGAUGACUGUCUUUGUUUUCAAGCUUAUUUUACAGUUUAGGAGGUGUCCAUUGUGAAACUGUACAGCGAAGGCCUUUGUAUCACUUUUAUUAUUUUUUUUUUUAGCAAUUUGUAAAAGGUUGGUGCAGGGGCUAAAAUUGCCACAAGAUUAAAAUCAGUGUAAAUAAAGGCUCAAUUUUUUUUUUUGUGAUUGUUACUGUUAUAUCCAGCCUAUACUGCUAGCAGCUGUUUUUACUGCAGUCAAUUACUGGAAGUGGAUAUAUUUCCUAUGCAAAAACUGUUUAAACAAUAAAAUGAGCUAUGCUACAAAAAAAA